CGCGAUUCGCUUCGUGAGGAGGAGGUGCGAAAACUUAUUCGACAAUUCGAGCUACCUCUAGAUGAGAAUUUGACAGAAGAAAUGUUAUUCGCAUGUCGACAUCUAAUGCAUCUGUCAAAACCUGACAAUUCGGACUUUGGAUCUAGCACGAAAACUGAAAAAAAUACGAAUUCUGGGAUGGAAGAACAAUAUCACUUCGAAGGAGAUAACAAGAUCAUACAAAUGGAAGGAGAGGAAAGAAAAGCAACAAGACACCAAGAAGAAGGAAAAAAAUGCUGUAGCCAGAUAUUGUCAGAUUUGGUUGACUGGCGUCGCCUCGUUGACUUAUUGGAUUGGCAGAAGUUGGCUCUCAACGAUAAACCCAAAGUUGAGGCAAUACCAAGUAAUCCACCAUUCUCUUUUACAGGCUUGUAG